AUGAGAUCGUAAGAACAAUAAACUACAAUUUAGGCAUAAUAUAAGGAAAUUGAUAAUCUCAUGCUUAGGUAGGACUCAGCUAAUUAGUAAAUUGAUUAUUAUCAAACAGAAUCUGAUGAACUUCAAAAGUAUCGAAAUAUUUUGUAGAAUGAAUUAGAAAUGUCUAAAUAAGAAAACACAAAAUUAUAAGAAUAAAUUAAUAAAUUAAAACAAUAAUCCACAGAUUUAAAUAAAACAAUCGAGAAAUUAAAAUUAGAUCUUAAUUAAUAACUAAGUUCUAUAUAACAAGAUUUUAACUUUGAACUUUAAUCAAAGAAUGAUGAAUUGGAACAAAAUAAAUCCUAAUAUUAAUAGGAGUUAUCGGUGAUUGCUAAAAAAUUUUAAGAAGAAAACUAUUAACUUAGAAUUAAUAAUGAAGAUUUGGAAAAUGAGUUAAAUUAAUUAAAUAACAUCAACUAAAUGCUGUAGAGUACUGUUGAUGACAAAAUAAAUGAAAUCUCAAAUUUGAAAAAUGGAUACCAUUAGUUAAAUAGUGAAUAUAAUACAUUCAAAAUGAAACUUUAAGAAGAAAACCACAAACUAAAAUUAGAAGUAGAAGAUGCAUUAAUUACUAUUAAUUAACUCUAACAAAAAAAGAAUUAAUUAGAAUCUACAAUCAUUGAAUUAAAUCAUAUUAUACAAUCAUUGUAACAACAAAUUACAUAGAAUUAAACUGAGUUAAACACAUUAAAGUAUAAAUCUGGAGAGGAAUAUUCUACUUUAAGGAUUCAAAUUGAAUAACUUGAUUAAAAUAACAUUUAAUUAUAGACCAUAAGAUCAAGAUUAUAAAAGGAUUAUGAAGAAAAGUUAAAUGAAUUUAAAGAUUUACAAGAUAAGUUCAAUUAAUACAAAUUAACUACCCAAUAAACAAUUAAAGAUUUGGAGAAAAAAAUAUAUGAAUACGAAGAGAAAUUAUCCUUAUUGUCAUCAGAAAUUCAAAGAAUGCUCUUCUAAAUCAAUCAAAAGAAUGACUUAAUCUAAGAAUAGACUACAAUGUUAGAUGAAUAUUAGAGAGAAAUCAAAUUGUUGCAAUUAUAAUUAUAAGAAAACUAAUUAGAAGCUGAAGAAUAAUAGAAGAAAUUAGAAAGUUAAAUGAAUGAAGCCUUAAACCAACAACGAGAGAAGCUAUUUCGAUUUGAGAGUGAGAAUCUUUCUUUUAAGUCUUUUAUUGAAGAGCAAAAUCACGUGAUUGAGACAUUGUCAAAAUAAAUAGAUGGAAUGACUGGUGAUUUAAAAUAUCAAUAAUAAUUGGAUGAAGAAUUGUAAAAGAAAAAUUCAUUCCUAACUAAAUAAUUAUAGGAUUUACAAUCAGAGUUUUGUGAAACUUAAUUUAAGAUCGAUCAUUUAUUAGUUGAAAACAAGGCUCUUAGAUAAGAGCUUGAAAUUAGAAUAGACACAGAGUCAGAACUUAAAUUUAAAUUAGAUAAGCUUAUUGAAGAAUUAGCAAAGAAAUAAUAAUAAAUAAAUGAGUUUGAAUAAAGAACUAGAGAAUAUGAAACAAACCAAUAAAAUGAGGUAGUUUAAUUUGAAGAAAAAAUAACCUAUUAUUAAAAUGAAGUUGAAACUUGGAAAAAGAAAUUUAUAAUUUUAAAUAAAGAUUAUCAUAAAACAUAAGAAGAUUUAAUGAUGGUUCAAGCCGAGUUUGAUGCAUUCAAGCAAAGAGGGAACCCAAUAGUAGUUAGAGAAUCAACAAGUUUUGAGGUUCGUAAGUCAUCAUUAUAUAAAGAAAAUAUUGUAACUACUAAAUCAAGUCAAGUCAGCUAGUCCAGUCAACUUAUUGUUAAACCUUUGAAGGAAGUUAAUAUUUGA